AUGGUCGCAGAUGAACUCCACGCCUCGCAUGAGACGUGUAAGCCACGCUCCCUCCUUGUCGGUGUUGGCGAAAUCGUCGAGCCGCUUCUGCUUCUCGAUCUCCGCCAUGAGCGUCCGCUGCCGUUUCAUGGCUUCGUCGUGGCGGCCGCUCAGCUCGUGACUGCACAUCAAUCCGAGCUGCAGAUCGCGUCCCCCCGUUCCGUUCCGUCCGAAAUUCGCAUCGUCUUUCCCAUGCUCCACGCAAAUGCGGGGUUUCACAUUGCAAGAGCAGAGAACACACGCACAGUUAGGCUACGUAGGCCUUCCUUCCGUGCAAUAAGAGGAGCCAUGGCUCCAGCAGAGACUGACGAUGGUGAGGCUGCUGACGAGCCACCGUAUGAUCCGCCCGCGCGGACAGGCCUCGAUUUUCUGCGAGCGCUGCAUGCGAACCCUCCGCCUGUAGGCACUGCAGGCCCGUCUGCUUGCAGCAACGAGAAAGAGCCCGUUGCAACGCCGUCUGCCUCUAAUCCGGUCGCGCCAGACAGUGCUCCCGCCACUGUCAGCGUCACCGAGGUGGGCGAGUCAUCGUCUGCAGCCUCGAAGAAGCGGCCGCGCUUCGCGCAAGGCGUCCUACCGUUCGGCACGCCCCUUGCGAAACCGACUCCGCCUCCCGCUCCUGUCCAAGCUCCGAAGCGUGCGUCCCGUGAACUCACCGACGCUGAGAAGGCUGAGGAGAAAUUUCUAAAGGCGCAGCAGCUGUACAUCACGCAGUGGCUGCCGAAGUUUGAGCGGCUGCUGCUUGACAAGAACGAGGAGGGCCUGCCCAUUCUGGACGCACAGGCGUCUGACGUGGAAGCGGCGGCAGUGGAAGUGCUGGCUUCUGAUUGGAAGCAGAGGGCGCAGGUGGUGCGUGAUUGGCUGGACGACUGGCAGUGGCGACUGGCUGUGCUGAAAGCUGAUUGGCUGGGCGUUCGUGUCAGACGGGGGGAAGGGGAGGAGGGGGAGUUGAAAGAGGAGGCGGUGUUGGAAGAGGUGGAAGGGGAGGAGGAGGUGGAGAGGGCAGAAGGCGAAGCGAGUGAUUAUGAGCAGGAGGGUGGAACGGAAGGACGUGAGAGGAAGGGAGGAGAGGUGAAAGGGCGUGUUCAUGCCCCCAACCCUUUCUCGUCUCUGUUUCCUACCGUGCACGCAAACGAACUGCAGAGCCAGCCACAGUCGUGCAAGGACCACGGUGCCCAGUGGGCUUGUGGGCACCAACUUUCUGCUGCAGUGAGCCAUGUUUCCAGCUAA